CUUGUCCCUGAUCACUGAUCAGUAGAGCCUAGCACUGCCAGCAUCGAACACGAUUAUGAAGCUUGUCCAUGGUACAAAGUGUUUAAAAACUAAGCAAAAUGGAGCUGCUUAUAUGAAUGUUAUGCUAUAUCACUGUUCAGAAGUAUCCCAUCAAGAGCCUUUACAUUGUGAAUGGUAUGAGAAGGAGUUUCCAAAGAUAACAGAAUUGAGCCACUUGUUGAGAAAUGUGGAUUGGCUUGAUGGGAGGGUAGUUCAUGUCAGGGACAAUUCAAUUGUCUUAGAUGGUGAAAUUGAACACAAAAUGCAAACUUUCGAGUCCCUGGCCAGGGUCUUUAUUGGGUCUCCAUCAAUUCAGCAAAAGAUUCAGAAAAAUGUGAUGGCCUUAUCAUUGGUGGCAAGUAACAACUGCACCCCAUUUGUUUGUUUCAGUGAACCUAGUGAAAGAGAGCCUAUGAUUGUGAAUUCACUCACUAAAGUGUGCAACUUCCUGAACAUUUCUGCACAACAAAGGAAGGUGGUUCGGUACACAAUAUGCCCACAGGUCACGCAAAUGAGGAUAUGA